AGAUUGCCUUCAAAACCUCUCUCUCUCGCUCUCUCUCUCUCGCCAUCGGCGGCGGCUCAUUGAGAUUGAAAAUGGCAGCAAAAUGCAUCACUGGAGCUCUGGCAGGAACCUGUGUGAUUGCGUAUGUAUGUGAUACUAUUGUUUCUGAUAAGAAGAUAUUUGGAGGCACAACACCGAAAACUAUCACUGAUAAAGAAUGGUGGGAAGCAACUGAUAAGAAAUUUCAGGCCUGGCCGCGCACUGCCGGACCACCGGUUGUCAUGAACCCGAUAAGUCGCCAAAAUUUUAUCGUCAAGCAAUCCGAAGCGUAAGGUGAAUUUCAUCGCUACAGAUUUGCAUUGCUUCCAAUCUCUUGCUAAAAGGCUAAAUUAAUUCUUUCACUUUCUUUUUUCUUUCAUCUGAUGAA